AGGCGCGCGGUAGAGCGUAGCUGGAGUGGCCGUCUUCUUGGCCUCGUCCAGAACGCCAUGCGGCUUGCGCGCGGGUGCGACUACGACGCCGAAGUCGAGACGGUUCGAGCCGCGAUCGACGAGUACCGACUGCAUCUGACCGAGAUACUUGUCGAGCGUGAGGCCUCGUACGAGGCUGCAGUCGCUGCACACCGUCGCUUGUCCACGCAGUGGGCCGCACGUCUCCGUCCGCUCGCGCCUGAAGGCCUUCCUCGAACCUGCGUCGAAAAGAUACGCUUCCUCAGCGUGCUCAUGCUCUCAGUCACCUCACUGCAAGUAGAAAUGGAGGCGUGCGUUGUGGAUUUGCUCCGGUCGCGGCUCCAAGCCACCGAGGACCUCGUGCAAGCCCUUGCCUCGAGCCCGACAAAGCAUCUCGUGGAGGCCAUACUGGACGCCACGUGGACAUCACCGGUCACGAGCCUCAUCGAAAGCAACGUUCCGCAUUCAAUGCUACGACACCGACGAACGCACCUCGAAGCAGCUAUGCGCCACGCGUACAGCGUCAUCCUCGCGAUGCCGACGAACGACGAGGAGCUUGGGUGCGUGGAUGCGGCGAAGCCAAAAGAAGUGGCGACUGUUCUCGGUGCCCUGCAGGCUGCGACAUCAGCAGCAGCGUCCUCUGGUGGUCGAUUCCCCGUGUCCCACCUCAAUGCAUUUCGGCGCUGCGUCAGUGACACCCGAACACGCUGCGGUCGGCUGCUACGCGACUGGGCAGCGAAGCUCCUUGCGGAUGCCGAGGCGACAUUCGGGAUCGAGUCGGGGAAUAAUGCGUCGGAUCUUGACCACGUCUUCGUACCCGGCCUGACGAGCUUGAUUCCGGCAACGACGGACCGCAUCUAUGUCACGGGCAUCCGCGUCACGCACCUGCCGCCGCCCAAGACACUCCUCGCCUUUGAACGUUAUUUUGCACUUCGGGUGCAGGAUGAGUUUCAGUGUCCGACUGGCGAGGGGGCUGCGUCGUCCGCCUUGCGCAUGUGCGUCCACCAUACGGUUUUCUCGGCCAUCGCCAAGAUCGCCGCAGCCUAUGAGGUUCAGACCACCCCCGGCUUUUCCCGCCAACUCUACCAUUUCGGCCACGCCACCUCGAGCGUCGAUUUGACGACCCUUGGUGCUCCCGCAACCGUGGUCGCUGCUGGGAGUCUUCCAGCGACUGAGGCUGCGAUCGCUCGCAUCGCUGUCGAAGUCACACCAGGCGGUGUCGUCGCUGCCGUGCUCGACGCCAUGCACACAAUGCACAAUGAGGUUGGGCAGCUAGGAUGCCCAUCUCUGAACGCAGACGUGCUCAUCCCGCUGCUCAUCUUUGUCAUUGCACGGGCGAACGUGCCGGCCCUCCUCCGUCGCCUCGCACUUGCCUCAACGUUUUCUUUCGAUGACGGCUCCGAGGCAGCUUACUACCUCACGUGCAUGCAGGCCGCCGUCUCAGUUGUGCUGGGCGACGCCACGCACUGCGCCACCUGCGCCGACGCCUUUGACAGUCUCGUCGUCGCCGAGGUAUCGACGCCACCGGAAGCUACUACUUCGUCGCCUCCGCUCGUCGACAUGGCCGCCCUCUCGGCGUGGAUCGCCACCCGGCGGGUUACCGAGGAGACGCUUCUCCUAGUCGAGGCGUGGAUGGCCUGAAUCUUUGUAAUAAAAUAAAUCUUCUUUGGAUCCGCG